CAUAAAGAAAAAAUCCAACCAAUGGGAUAGGAUAGGAUGACAGGGGCAUGAAAGGGAAGCGAGAAGAGACAUUGCGCAUACAAAUGUUUUGUGUAAAGCAAUAAUUGUGGUGGUGAAUUCAGUUGAUAGUAGAUACAGUACUUGAGGACUCCAUAUAAAGGCCUCACUAUGGGUGAACCACAGCAGGUGAGUGCCCUGCCUCCCCCUCCUAUGCAGUACAUCAAGGAGUACACUGACGAGAACAUCCGCAAGGGGCUCAUCCCCAAACCCCCUCCCCCAAUCCGAGACACCUACAUGAUGUUCGGCAACCAGUUCCAGUGUGACGACCUGAUCAUCCGACCGCUGGAGAGCCAGGGCAUCGAGCGGCUCCACCCCAUGCAGUUUCACCACAAACGGGAGCUCAAGAAGCUCAACAUGUCCAUCCUGGUGAAUUUCCUAGAUCUCCUGGACAUCCUGAUCAAGAGCCCUGGCAGUAUAAAGAGAGAGGAGAAGCUAGAGGACCUGAAGUUGCUGUUUGUCCACAUGCACCAUCUGAUCAAUGAGUACCGUCCGCACCAGGCCAGAGAGACCCUGAGGGUGAUGAUGGAAGUGCAGAAGAGACAGCGACUGGAGACUGCAGAGAGGUUCCAGAAACAUCUGGAGAGGGUGGUGGAGAUGAUCCAGGGGUGCCUGGCCUCCCUGCCCCAUGACCUACCCCAGAUUGAGGGCUUGAGUGGGGCAGGGGAUGUGGCGAGGGGUGUUGGGAUUGGCGGGACUUUGGGGUUGGACGCCAGGCUAAAGACUGAGCCCAUGGACGUGGAGGAGGCUGGGACUAGCUGUAUGGCUGUUGGGCCACAACAGGACAAAAGCAUGGGUGGUGCUGCUAAGAAAGACAGAGUAUUGGACAAGGAUGCUGCCAUGUGUAGUAUUAUCGACGAGAUCGCCUGAGUUUUGUGUUUAGAGCUAGGGGUCUCUACAGCAGGGUGCAACGGUGAAGAACGUUCAGAUAUAAAAUUGUUCUGUAGCGCAAUGAUUGUCUGUGUAGAAUAGUGAAUCGACCACUCUGUUCAUUAUAUUUCUAUAUGCAACGUUCAGAAUCAAAAUGAUUCACCUUGCUGAAUAUAGGUUUUUCCUGGUCAUUAUGUUUGUCUCAUUGGUCUCGGUUGAAUUGUGUCGUAUGCUUAAUGUAGUUAUGAUCACAUACGCUGUCCGCAGUUAUAGUAUCUUUUCUUAAGUCAAAGCUUUACUGAAGUGAUGUGUCAUGGACUAUGAAGACACACCUUCCUUGAGUUGAGACAUUUGGGAUAUCAUUGGGGUUUAGAUGCUGGUAAAAUUCAUAAUUUUAUAAAGUUUUAAUAAACUAAUUUCUACGUCCUAUAACAA